AUGGAGGCCUUCGAGUAUCAGUCAAAUCCAAGCCGAAUCUUCUUUGGCAGCGGCACAAUCCAGAGGGUUCCUGAUGAGCUGAAGAGACUUGGGUUCUCCAAGCCGCUGGUAUUAUGCACACCUCAACAAACCUCGCAGGCCAAGUUGGUCAGCGACAUCUUGGGAGGCAAAACCGCCGGAACCUUUACUGAGGCAACCAUGCACACUCCUACCGACGUCACAAACAAGGCUGUCCAGUUUGCCAAAGAGCGGGAGUGUGAUUCUCUCAUCUCAAUUGGUGGUGGCAGUACUAUUGGUCUUGCCAAGGCUAUGAGCUUACGCACUGGCCUGUAUCAUUUGGCCAUACCAACAACCUACGCCGGAAGUGAAGUGACUCCCAUUCUAGGAGAAACUGAAAACGGCCGCAAAGUAACUAAAUCAGACCCAAGAAUUCUACCGGGAACGGUCAUCUAUGAUGUCGAUCUUACGAUGACUCUACCUGUUGCCCUCAGCUCAACGAGUGGAAUCAACGCUAUUGCACAUGCCGUUGAGGCUCUCUACGCUCGCAACGGAAACCCAAUUAUUAACCUGCUUGCACAAGAGGGUGUAAGGGCUCUAGCUGAGGCUUUACCUGAAGUAAAGAAGGACCCUCAGUCGAAAGAAGCCCGAUCAAAGGCAUUAUACGGUGCUUGGCUUUGUGGUACUUGCUUAGGCAGCGUGGGCAUGUCCCUUCAUCACAAGUUAUGCCACACCCUUGGUGGAACCUUCAAUCUCCCCCAUUCAGAAACGCACACAAUAGUUCUCCCUCACGCCUUAUCUUACAAUGCGCCAAAGAUCCCAUCCGCGAUGGUCUCGUUGGCAAAGGCUUUCCCUGGAUGUGAUGGAGAUCCUAUCAAGGGCCUGAACACACUCUUGGACACAUUGGAGGUUAAGCGGGAUCUCAAGUCUUUUGGGAUGAAGGAGGAAGAUAUCGCUAGGGCCGUGGAGAUUGCGUUGAGUAACCCUUACUGGAAUCCUCGGGAGAUUGAGAUGGCUCCCAUCCAGGAGCUGAUUCGUCGUGCAUGGGCUGGUGAGGAUGCCAAGGCAAACCUCUGA